AUGAGGGAUGCGGUGAGUAGCAACUCCUUGAUAAGGGAUGCGAUGGAGAUCAAGCUUCGUCACCACGUGGUCGUGCUGGACGAGGCGCACAAUAUUGAAGACUGUGCGCGGGAGGCGGCCUCGUGUCAGCUUCUCAUUGACGACGUCCGCGACGCUCUCACAGACGUCGAGGUCGUCGGACAACGGGCGGGCAAACUCACGCAGAGCCGUGCCCUGGGUCUUUUUCUGUCUAUUUUAUCCGGAUGGAUGGUGCAAAACUCCCGCCAUCUACAGGACGACUCGGACUCCAGCAAGAACAGCAGCGUCUUCCUCGGCUCUAAAAUGAUCCAGAUUCUCGACAAGCUCGAGAUCGGCAGAGCCCAGUGGAUGCCUAUAAAGACUUGUCUCUCAGAGAUGACCGACGAGCCUCCAAACGAUGAAGCGGACCCGCCCAAACUGAAGUCCGCGACGCUGACGCUGCUGCGUAACAUUUUCCUGAUGUAUCACUUCUUGUACGACCGUCCGGUCUCCGCUGCUGAUGAUUACCGCGUCGCGCUCUGCAAAAUACAGUCCAAGAACCGCAAUUUUCCUGCCGCGGAAGGCGGCGCCUGGUUACGCAGACGACGUCGAGGAGACAUGCAGCGCGUGUCGUGGACGCUGGGGCUGAACUUCAUGUGCCUGAACCCCGGCGUGGCGUUCGCUGAGGUCGGCAGCAUCGCUCGUAACGUCAUCCUCACCUCCGGGACUCUCUCCCCCAUGACCUCCUUCCAGUCUGAGCUCGGCGUGCCCUUUGCUAUACAACUCGAAGUCAACCAUGUUAUUGAUAGGAAGCAGGUGUGGGUUGGGACCGUGGGACAAGGACCGAACAACCUGCCUCUCCAGGCUACCUAUCGCUUCACUGAGAUGCCACAUUUUCAGGACGAGCUUGGGUGCCUGCUAAUCUCGGUGUGCCGUGCGGUGCCCCGAGGCGUGCUCUGCUUCUUGCCAUCGUAUUCGCUUCUCGAUAAGCUCGUCUCAAGGUGGCAAGGGGGCGGCAUCUGGCGCGGCUUGGGCGAGAAGAAGAGAGUGUUUAUUGAGCCGCGACGCUCCGAGGAGUUCGAGCGCACCAUCAGUGACUUCUAUGACACCAUCACCAACACCAGGUAUGAGCGGAGGGGUGGCGUGGACGGAGCGCUGCUGCUGGCCGUGUGUCGCGGUAAAGUGAGCGAGGGACUCGACUUCACCGACGACAACGCCAGAGCCGUCGUUGCUGUUGGCAUCCCGUUCCCGAACUUCAAGGAUGCGCAGGUGACACACAAGCGCGAGUACAACACGCAGCAUCACCGCUCCCGGGGCCUGCUGUCUGGUAGCGACUGGUACGAGAUCCAGGCUUACAGAGCCCUGAACCAAGCGCUGGGCCGCUGCCUGCGUCACCGCUACGACUGGGGGGCGCUGCUGCUCGUCGACGUGCGUUACCAGCAGCGCGAGAACCAAGGACAACACAACCGCUACAUCAGGAGCUUGUCACGGUGGGUGCGGGACCAGGUUGUGCACCACAGCUCCUUCAAGGAAGCUCUGCUCGACCUCUCUGAAUUUGCGCAGCGACUCAGCCUGAACCCGCCCAAGAAACCUGUCACUCCUAUCAAAAAAGAAGCAAACAAGUCUCCUCCCCUUACUUCUGGCAGCGAAGGCUACUCAGCUAUGACGUCUUUUGCUUCUCACAAACUUGCCACCGGCCCAUGCAGUUCAACUACUUCAACACUUGUGCCUAAAUAUGAAUUGAAAUCUUGUGCAUCGAAUGAUUACGGUCCCAUGACGUCCACUCAAAUCAACUUCGCAAGUACAUCUGGUGAGACCGGCACAAAAUCGUCCCUUCUUCUGGACAUCAUUCCGCCUGAGCUGAGUCAAAUAAGUUCUUGUGAUACCGGGGUUCUGAAUCGAACUCUGGACGAUGACGUCACUCUUCUGACAGACACCACUGCUGUUGUCGACUUGACUCUGCCUGUGAGUUCUGAUACUCGUCAUUCCCAUAUGGCGCUUGAGGAACAGAAAAUAUUAUGCCCACGCGGACUCGAUACCAACGCAGCAGACAAGGUUUCGACACCGUCGUCUCAACUUGCUAAUCUUGUGAGCGCCAAGUUGCUUACAACUUCACCAUCCACGUUGAGUUCCUUAUCAUCAACUUGCCUAGAUCGAAAACGUCGGCAAGAAUUGCCUGCCAGGAAUUCACCUGCCAAGAAAGAAUGUAAUACUCUUGAUUCAUCCUUAGAUGACAGCCCCAAACGAAAAUUCACUUUUACAUCAGCUAAAAAAAUUCUAGCUUUGUCUCCGGCUGUCAAAUCAUCCGAUUCAACUGAUAGUGAAUUUCAAAGCGUCAGCUCGGUGACCCACGUAAAGUCGGAAAUUAAUGGGAUUUCCCGUCUGGCAUCGUCAUUUCUGUUUGAUGACACCAGUGAUGUUAGUGAAAACUUACCUGAUAUUUUGAACUGCGUUCGUCCAACUGGAGUGCCAAGCGACGGAAAGUCUGAUCAAUCGGAGCUUCCUAGUCUGAACUGCCGACCUGUGAAACCAGUGGUCGUGUCGCCUCCUUCCGAUGAUUCUGACAUGGAUGACUUCGACAUGGACAAGAGCUUGCGGAGAAGCCCGGAAAUAAAGAGACGCGUGAGGCAAACGAUCAAGCGGAACCGAGGAGUUGUGUUCUCCAAAUUCCAGGAUGAAUCCUAAUGAAGCGUUGUUUAUGGUUGACAUAUUGGUUUUUGUAUUUCAUGACAUCUUUUAAACUUCUUAAAUGUAAUUGUACAUUACAAAUCACUUUUUGUUUCAUUUGUUCAACAGUUGAAUUGUAAGCAGGUCUUCUAUUGGCAUGCAUUUAACAUGAUAUUAUUUGCGUACGUUUUUAUCCAAUUGUAUGUCUUUUUGAUAAUUCAAUUGUAUGGUUACCUUAAAAAAAGGAUGUAAUUUUUUGUUGCUUUAUGGUGCAUUUCUGUUUGUGGAUAGCAUGACUGCUUUUAAAGUCAGUUUAAACGGCAUUGUGGAUUUAAGCUAAACUUGUUACUUAUACGUUGGCCUUCGAACUAAAUCGAAUUUCUCGUGCUUUUCCGUGUCUUAUAAUGAUUUGAAAUAUUUCGCCUGCUUUUACAUGGGAAGGCUUGCUUGUAAUAUUUGUGAUGUGCUGAUUUCAGUUUGUUGAAGUGAGAGUCCUGCUUCAUUCCAUGUAUUAAACGUUAGGUUUCUUUUCACGUUCUACUUAUGAAACUUUGGCUAGACAAAAAAAGCUGCAUCGUGUCAUUCAGCCGAUGAGUUUAAAAGACUGAGAGAAAGAAAAAAGUCCUUCACAUUCUAAUUCAAACGCGGAGUUUGUUCUAAAUAAAUCUAAUAUUUAAUUCCUUUGAUCAUUCAUAAAUACAAUACUACGUUGCACUCCUCUUCUUUAGCAUGAUUUGAUUUUCAAGGUGAAUUUUUCCUGGUGCCUUAAGUCUUUAGUCAUCAGCAACUAAGGACCUAAUUCAUAUCUUUGUAUUGUGAUACUUGAUUGUGAUUUUAAAGUUAUUUUAGCCGUGAGUUACGGUAGUAUCCGUAUUAGAAACCUAUAACCUUCCAUCAAAAUAGAUUUUCAAUUGUUAUAACGUUUCAUACUCUUGAGAUGUAGGUAGUAGGUAAGUGAAAUACUGUGAAUUUAAAUCUUUUGCAUCGGUAACGAUUGAGAGGCUGUGGUAAAUUUAUUAUUAGGUACUGUGAAGAAAAAUUAUUUGACAUUUGAAUGUCAUUUGGUGUUGCUCUGGCCUUGUCUGAUACAAACGUUAGCCAUUCACAUGAAUGCCAGCACACAUCAUGGCCUGUCACGAGGGAUCAACUGAUUUAAAAGAUUGUCUCGUUUAUUAGUUGUAUGUUGACCAUAUCUAACGCUUGUAGAACACUCAACGUCAUUCGUCAUGUAAAUCAUGGAAAUUUGAUGCCAU